AUGACCGACAGUAGUUUUGAUGACAUUAUUGAUACAUAUACUGGUUUCGAGCAUCUGUAUCAUACUUAUGAUGAGUACAACGCCGAUAUGAAAGAAAUUAAUUAUGAAAGAAAGAACAACUUUCAGUAUGAUCACGAUGUCAAACAUUUGAGUGACGCCGUGUUCCCAACUCCAGCGUUUCCGGUUGAAGGCAUGUUGUAUGGUCACAGAAAUAGGCAAAUGGUUCCACUGGUUUUCCAAAAUGAGCGAGACCCAACAUCGAAAAUCCUCAAUGUGUGGUGUGUGGUUGAUACGAACGCGGCAUUCACCUGCCUAAGCGUCAAGACACUUGAAGCUUUUGUAGGUGAAGGCAAUGUUAACCCCAGAGGUUACUACAGAUUUUUUGUUCAAGAACCGGACUUGGUCGUGGAAUGCAUGGUCUCCAAGGUGGGUUCAGCCUUCGAGCAUGCGGAUAUCUUGGGAAUGGACGCAUUGGCACGGUUAAAAGCUUCGCCGAUUAUCAACUGGAGCUCAUAUACAUUUCGUCUUCAACGAUUCGAAUCUUAA